AUGUCAGCUCUCAGGUUUGGGUUUCUUAAUUUCACUAGCUAUCCUGUAGGCUUUAUUAACUUGUUCUCAGAACCGCAAGUAACAUUUUGCAUAGGCCACAUGCAUUUUUGUAUGCAAUACUGAAAUACAAGAAGUGGACAAAACCAUGCAGGUUGCAGUCCUAACCCCACUUUCCUGGGAGUAGGACUUACUUCUGAGUAGAUUUGGUUAGGACUGUACUAUGUGUAGAUAAUUUCUAACCUAAUUUAAUAUUUGACUUUUUGCUGCACUUUUAUUAUGCUGGAAGCUGCCCAGAGUGGGUGAGGUAUAAGUAAAAAAAAUUAUUAUUAUUUAACAUUCAUUGAGGUUAUGAUUAAUAUCUCCUUGGCACACUGAAAUGUUGUUGUUGUUUAGUCGUUUAGUGGUGUCCGACUCUUCGUGACCCCAUGGACCAGAGCACGCCAGGCACUCCUGUCUUCCACUGCCUCCCGCAGUUUGGUCAAACUCAUGCUGGUAGUUUCGAGAACACUAUCCAACCAUCUCGUCCUCUGUCGUCCCCUUCUCUUUGUGCCCUCCAUCUUUCCCAACAUCAGGGUGUUUUCCAGGGAGUCUUCUCUUCUCAUGAGGUGGCCAAAAUAUUGGAGUCUCAGCUUCAGGGCUGAUUUCCUUCAGAAUGGAUAGGUUUGAUAUUCUUGCAGUCCAUGGGACUCUCAUAUCUACAAUUAUUGCAUGCAUUGUGUGGCCCCCUCUCCCUUUCCCCCUCUCUCAUUAAUAUGCUCAAGUGGGCUCUAGCACUUUGGGGAGAUUUGCUUCAGCCCUCCCUAGUGACAUUCUGAAGGCUAAACUAAAAAAAGUUGCUAGGAACCUUUGGGUGAAGCCAUGCGCUUUAAAUGUAUGGGGCAGAUGUGACCUUAGGCUGCAAUUGUGAGAGAAAGCCUUACUGAACUUAAUGGGUAUUAUUUCUAUUAUUUCUGCAAUUGUGCUACGGAAUUUUUCCCUGGCUCCCUGUUGUUAUGUAUUAUCUGCUAUCUCUUUUGUCUGUAUUGUCGCACACACCCCAAUUUUUGAGCAGCAAUACAUUGCAGGGAGUCUGGUGCUUAUCCAGGGUUUGGCUUUCUAGGAAGAAAUGUUAUGAAUUGGGGUGAGGGGGGCAGUCCCCUUCCAGACCUGCAAUCCUGUAUCCAGGGCUGGUCAUUAAGUGGCCACCUAGGGCACAGACUUCAGGGGGACACAGUACUGACCUUUGAGGGGCAGUUUUAUAUAGGUGAGUUUUUGUAAUAUUGUAUCUUAUAAAUUUCUGAUAAUCUUAUUUUUUUCCACAAGACAUCUGCUUUUGAAAAUUGAAAUUAGUAGUUUUGUGCAAGUAGUUCAACCUAGGGUACGAAAUAACUUAGCACUGGUUACUGCUUGUAUCUGUGAGGGAAUGCAGAAGGCGAAGGUUGCCAAACCACUUGCUUUGUCAAGGGAAUAGCUUUCGCUGGCUAGUUAGGUGGUACGAUUUGGCAUAGCCAAAGAAGUUGCUCUGUGCCAUAGAAACCAGCCUUUCCCCUCGCCUGGCUGGUAAGUAGAAGAACAACAGCCAGAGUUGUGUGAGGGAGCUGGAAGCUGGGAAACAGAGACAUGACUUGCUCUGUGCUGGACUUUGGGGCUUCCCUAGAAACCAUAGCAAGAUCUAUGGUUGCUAAUCCUGUGAGCGCCUCCAUCUUAUGCUCUAGUUAUAUAUGCAUAUGUGUCAAUAAAACCAUAUAUCCUAACAGCACCAACAGUCUCCAUUGGCCUUCACUCCAAGGAAGCAAAUCCUUGGGAAGCACAGACACCUCUGGAGUCUCUCACUGCUCAGAGAUUGGGGUGGUAUGUAACAGAAAGUUAAUGGCUAUUGAGCUGUAGGAUAUACUAUUUUCUUUAUGCAUAUAUACAACCUGAGCAUAGGAUGGCAUGGCUCACAGCAACAACACUCCAACAGAUCUUGCCUCUCCAUUAAGUUCUUAGCCCCCACCAUUCUGCUGCAUAUCUUUGGAUUCAGCACAGCCUACGGAGUCAAGCUCAGACAAACCUCAAAUACCAAAACUAACAUCCUUUUUCUUUUCCUUCCUAGCAUAGCAUGGCAUCCAGCCAGGUAAGAAGGACGUGGGAAUACCUACCUGCUCUUUGAAGCAUCUACGGUGGUCAUUAUGGCAACACAACUUUUUCUUAUCUAACUUUUUAAGGUGUCAAAGCCAUUCUGAUCCUGAUUGAUUGAUUAUUGUUGUCAUCGCUACUUAUUAUCUUCCCUACACCUUAAGGUCCCGGGGGUGGGGGUGGCUUACGACAUUUAAAAUGCCAUUAUUGCACAAUAUUAAAAACAGAUCGAAACAACUUAUUUAACCAAGGAACCAGUUUGACUGGUUCACCAGGUAUCCUCUUGUAGAGUAUAACCUCACAGACGAAAAAUCACAGGCCUGCAAGAGAUCCACAGAUAUCAUCCAGACUCAUCUCCCAAACCAGUAGCAAUAUUCUUUCUUCAGAUUUUUGCUUAAUUGGUGUUACAUUUUUUUCAUUUAAAGGGAUUUUUUACCAUGCUCUUCAGGUCAAAAAGGCUCGCUGGGUGUCUUAGAAAGGAAAGUCUCUGUUCUCUGGCAUAGAAUCUGAGGGUGCCCCCAGAUUAUUUUGUGGGAAAGGAGUCAAGCACACUCUGGAACUUUAGAAUUCUACAGUCUAAAUCCAGCUGCUCGUUGUUGUUAUAUUUUUUAACAGACUUUUUGUGGUUUGGAAAAUGAUGUGGGAAUGCAUGAGCCAGAGGAGCAGGUUAAAGGAUAGAAUCACAGAAUUGUAGAGUCGGGAGGGAUGAUGAGGGUCCUCUAGUCCAACCCCUGCAAGCAGGAAUCUUUUGCCCAAUGUGGGGUUCAAAUCCACAACCCUGACAUUAAUAGUCUCAUGCUCUAGCAUCUGAGCUACCCAGAGGAGCAGGCCAAGAGAAAACCUCUAUACAUACCAAAGUAACAUUUACGGCGCUCUCUUAUGUUUUAGGAAGUGGUUUGCAGGAGGAGUAUGCACAUCAACAGCUCGGCUGGAUGGAAAGGUGGCCGUGGUCACAGGGGCUAACACUGGCAUAGGGAAGGAAACUGCCAAGGACCUCGCACGAAGAGGCAAGUUGUCUGUCCAUUCAUCAUCCACCACAUGCCAGUCAACCCAAAUUGAGCGGGACAUCUCUGAAUUACAGAAGCCAUCCUGUUUUUUGGUCCAGUACUCUGCUGUGAGUCAGCUGGUUUGUGCCAGACCAAAAGACACUCUUUUUUGUUUUUGUUUGGCUCUCUCACACCGGAGCGCUGGACCAAAAGACACUGGCUGCCACGAGAGCACCCCUAUUUUCAUCAGACGGAUGUUGCAGAGUAUGCCACCAUCAGGGUUUAAAUGAAUAAAGGCUGCCUUAACCAUUUUUAAGUGAACAAGCAAAUUUAUAAGUGCCUUAACUCUUUCCUUAAACAGAGGGUUUCUGGUUCAUAGGAUUUAUUUUCAUUUUUUAAAGGAAAUUCACUGAAUUACAUAAGCCCCCUGAAGGAGAGGAGGCAUGUUGUUUUUUUUAAAAAAAAAACACACGCCACAAGGGCUCUGCAAUAGCAGUAUUCACUUUUUCUAUACAAUAAAUAAUUUUAGAAACCUCUAUCAUGCCACUUUCCUUAGGCUGCAACUUUAGACACUUACCUGGAAGUAAGUCCAAUUGAAGCAAAUGGUCAUUACUGCUGAGUAGACAUGUCUAGGAGUACACAGUUGUUGCUUUAAAAGGCCAAACAAUGAGGCAGAUGAAGGUGAUAGACUACAUGGAAUUGGCAGAAAUGACUGGCAGAAUCCGAGACCAGGGAGAAGAGUCGGUGAAAGAAGACUGGAAGAAAUUUAAAGACUAUUUACAGAAAUAUUGUAAAAUUAAUGAAUCUUAGAAGGAUGUUGGAUAGAAACUAAGUGGUUUCCAGCUGUAAUGCUUUAAGAGAUAGGUUCACAAAUGGGUAAAAGAUUAAUGGUAAGGAUUUGCUGAACUAACAAACUGAACGGGCAUACAAACAAGGGAGGUACGAGGAGGUCCGGGGAAAUAAGUGUAAGGAAGAUAUGCUAUGGAAAAUUAACGUGUUUUUAACUGUUUUUAGUUUGUAUGUUUCUUUUUAUUUUUCAUUUUUUUGUUAUAUCUUAAAAACUUUAUUCUUUUUUCAGUAUUUUGUAUUUUCUUGUAUUUUUUUUUUUGUGUAAUUCUUGUAGUCCUUGAAACUUUAAUAAAUAUCAUUUAAAAAAAAAAAAAGGCCAAACAAUGUGAUCCAUAUGCAAUUCUUUACCACAGGGAUGAGGAGCCAGUGGCCUUCCGGAUGUUGCUGGACUUCCGCUACUCCUCAGCAUGGCCAGUGGUCAGGGGUGAUGAGAGCUGUAGUCCAGCCCUUCUGAAUGUGCCCUCAAUGGUGGAAUGAACAUUUGACUGCGUCCCAUUGGAAUUGCAGUCUCGAUAUAUUUAAUUAACCAUGGUUUAGCGUUAUAUCUGAAUACAGCCAUUACAUUUGGGGUAAGGGGGGUGUAUUUGUUACUAUAAAUGUAUGUAUUCUGUCCCCUAAAAUAACUUUAACCAAAGCUAAUUUCCAUUUUUAGAAAUACAUUAAAGUAUAUUUUUCUUGAACAUAGUAAUGGUUAAUUAGACAAGGGCAACUACUUCAAAUGCUUGAGUUAAUUUUAAAAAAGCCGAGUAUUACUCCCCUCCCACAAUGAUUCACAAUUCAUUGCUGCCUAUAACAUCUGCUGGCAAAAGGGCUUUUACAUAUAUUUAUAUUCACAUAUUCAUAUUGUAGAAAUUUUAUAUUAUUUUAUAUUUUGUUCCAUUAAAAGAAAUCAGUCUAGAAAGACAGGACCAGGACCAAGUUUAGAAACAGCUUGUUUGCCUUAUUCCUCUUUUCUAUUAAUUUCCCUUUUGAAGGUGGUCGUGUCAUCCUUGCCUGCAGAGAUAUAGCAAAAGCAGAAGCAGCAGCCCGUGAAAUUAUAGCCGAAACAGGGAAUCAGCAAGUUAUUGUGAAAAAACUGGACCUGUCUGAUAGCAAAUCUAUACGGGCAUUUGCAGAAGAUUUCCUAAAAGGUAUGACUGACUAAAAGUUGGCACCUGUGUAGUUACUGGUCCUAGAGAUAAUCGGUGUGGAGUCAAGAGUUUCAUAGGUUUUGUUUAAAAUAGAGAGUUAUUUGUCUGGCUUCCCUAUGUGUUCUUUAAACCAGGGAUCAAUAACCAUUUUAGACCAGGGGGCACAUUUUGAAUUUUGAGAGAGUGCUGACUGCUCCAGUCACAAAAUUGCUGUAAUGGGGGCCAUGGCUUAACACAACAUGGCUGCCGUGGCAUAACACAAAAGAAAAGAGAGAACAGUCAUUGCUGAUUUUCCAUCCUUACCCUGCCCUUGGACAUCCUCAUGCUUAGCACAGGAAGCCAUCUAUGUCCUGCUGGUCCUGAUUGUAGUGACACAGCUGUUAAAGGCAAAAGAUUCCUGUUUUCUCCAUUUCUAAACAAAGCGAAGGCUGACAUCCUGUAGCCAUUUACCUGGUGUUAUAAGUGACAAAACUGCUCCUUUCCCCUUAUGGGGUACCCAAGAGCCCAUAUAGAGUCCUUUCGUAGGUUCUCUAUCAGUAGGAGAAAAUAACAGAGACCAGCCAGAGAAUAUUGAGAAGCAAAGCAGCUAGUAAGCCUGAUCUUUAUUGACUGUUGCAACAGGGUGCUCCCCCACACGCAGGAGAGAGGAGGAGGACCCAGAACAAAGAUGUGUCCGCCCUUAUAUAGACAUUUUAAAUUGCCCGCCCCGGAGUCCAAGGCCACCCCCAGAAACAUCAUACAUACAUCACAGAAGGGGUGUAGCCCAAGACCACCCCCCAGAUACAUCAUACCUACAUAACAGAAAAGGCGGUCUACAACAAACCUGAAUGAGUUGUUUAUCUCCUGGCAAUCUACCAGAUUGCAUUAUCUGAGUUUUGGCCACUCUUUUGUUAUUAUAACUACUUAAUUCCUGAAUCUAGGUCACAGGCUCACACCCUGUUCAUAUCUUGAAUGUGCCCUUAAGACAGGAUUUGUGAGAACAGGAUUUGUGAGGAAAGAGACAAGGGGAAGGUUUCUCACUUUGACCUUGCAGAGAAAUAUUUGAGGUCAAUUUGUUCAGGACCUUGUCUAUGGGGUUUCAGACAUGUGGUUUAUAUAUACAGUUAUCAAAAAUUAUUUAUUUCAUAUAAGACCUAAUUUUUUUUAUAACACUGGGAAUAACUCCCACUGAACACAGAGACAUCUGAAGUAGAAAUGUAUCCCAUUAUACUGGAAAUUAACAAUGCUGUGAAUUCUUAAUAAGUACUUGGACAUUAGCUUCUGCACAGCAGGAGACAUGCCUGUUUUGCAAAUUUCACAUUUUGUAUUUGCCAUUUGAGGAGGGAAUUACCGGUAUUCAACACCAACCUGCAUUUAUUGUGUAGUAUUUACAGAAGCGGGUGGCGCUGUGGGUAAAACCUCAGCGCCUAGGACUUGCCGAUCGUCAGGUCGGUGGUUCGAAUCCCCGCGGCGGGGUGCGCUCCCGUUGCUCGGUCCCAGUGCCUGCCAACCUAGCAGUUCGAAAGCACCCCCGGGUACAAGUAGAUGAAUAGGGACCGCUUACUAGCGGGAAGGUAAACGGCGUUUCCGUGUGCUGCGCUGGCUCGCCAGAUGCAGCUUGUCACGCUGGCCACGUGACCCGGAAGUGUCUGCGGACAGCGCUGGCUCCCGGCCUAUAGAGUGAGAUGAGCGCACAACCCUAGAGUCUGUCAAGACUGGCCCGUAUGGGCAGGGGUACCUUUACCUUUACCUAUUUACAGAAAAUAACUUUUAGCAGGUACCUAAUCUUGAAUGAGUCCACUACAGAAAAGACGGGUCCUAGUUGCUAGGGAAAAAGAAGUUCAACCUAUGGAGAUUCCAAGAACUGCUAGAAAAUAAGACAGAAGCAGGAAAAGUACAGUAAAGGGGAGGGGUAAACAGAAACUUUUAAUGACCUCGGGGAUUUCUAUUGCCUGGUGUCCAAACAACUUACUUUACAGUCACCCCAUUGACUUUACUAAUUGGCCUAAAAACACUGGCAGGUGGGAGCAGCUAAGCUGAUUCAUUUCACAGAAAUCACUUAGAAGGGAAUCUGCACAUUUGCUUCAUAACUUUCAUUCUAAGAGGGCUAGAAACUUAAUUUUUUAAAUAGAAGCUUAGAGUCUAAGGAACCCGCCUGAGGUCACCAAAGAAGGCCUUGGGCCUGCUUGGCGAUCUCCACUUUAAACCUUCCAUGACAAUGUUCUUGCAUUUAAGAGGAGCUAACCUUUUGCUUGGAAGCUUUCCCUGGAACCUUUCUGGCACUUUGAAGCAGGAGAUGGAUCAUUCCACAGCUUCCAUUUGAAUUUUGAGAUGUCUUAUAUAAAACACCUGGCAAUGUUAACUGUCAGAGACAUGGUAGAUGGACCUUAGGUAUGACCCAGAAUAGCUAUUCUUAUAAUUGUCUCAUUGCACUCUUGGGCACUCUUACUUGUAGGUCUGAUUAAAAGGAUGAUAUGCUUUUGAGUAAACACGUUUAAGCAUGUAUGCUACAUUUUGCCUGAAAGGGUAAUAAUAUAUAUGUGUGUGUGUAGGAAUGACUGUUCAGCUCCUUAGAUAUAAUAAAUCCUGCUAAUGAUAGUAGUGUUCUAUCCAAAACAUGUGUCACUCAGAAUGGACACAGGGUAUAUUAUGUAUUUAGCUAACAAUAAAGAUUUUGAGAUAAUUUUUAAAUAAUUAAUAGUCCGUGAAAGUGGACUACUACAAUUGCCAAAACCCAUUCAAAAUGGGUAUGUAUGCACUCAGAUACUUGAGCAAUAAGGAUACAUAUAAUAUUCACUGGAAAUUACUCUAAGGUAAUAGCCCAUUCAUAUAAUCCAUUUCUUUCCCACUAGUGCUUCCAUUUAUUUAUUUAUCCUGUCACGUGGUCCAACAGAUGGUGGUAUCUCACUAUUUACCUAAACUAGUAGGAGAUCUUGGCAAGAACCAUCAACCCUCUGUCUGAUAGAAGUUUAAAUUUCCUCCACCUGUCGGUCCCGUUGGUUAAACUGUAAAGCUUUUCUGUAGACUGAGUAACACAGUCUAAUUUAGUAUUUGCUAAUUAUUUUAAUCAAUUUACUAUACUGUACUUCCUUGUUCCCAACAUAUAUAUUCACAGUAACCUUAAAUCAUAGAAUUGUAGAGUUCAAAGGGAUCAUGGGGGUCAUCUAGUCCAACCGCUGGAAAGCAGGAAUGUCAAAUAAAGCAUCCAUGACAGAUAGGUGGCCAUGUAACCAAAUGCUAGUUAUGAUGACAGUUUAAUAAGAGCCUUGCUCCUUAAAACAUCUCAAUCUUCUUAUCUUUGGUAUUUUCUGCUUAAUACCCAAUCUCGGCCAUUAUUUCCUGUAGAGGAGAAGAAGCUCCAUAUCCUCAUUAACAAUGCAGGAGUGAUGAUGGUUCCCUAUUCCAAGACUGCUGAUGGUUUUGAAAUGCAUAUUGGAGUCAAUCACCUUGGUAAGAUCAUGAGACAUCGAUGUGAUAAAUGGAUAUAUUACCUGGCUUCUCUUUGCCUUUGCUUAUCUUCCCUGCUCUUUUCCCCAGAUUUCACAGAUUAUUCCUGUAUUUGUAAACCUGAGUUUAUACAGGAAAAGCAUAGAGACAGGCGUUGUUGAGGGUAACACCAUGAGGAUUACACAAAUUAAAUUUGAACGCAAAAAGUUAUAGACACACUGUAAACUCCAGUAUGGACAGGCCCCAAGUCACAGUCCCCUGGAGAUUUAAUUAAAUUAUUUAUACUGUGCCCAUCUUGGUUGAAUUUCAUAUAUUCAUUUGAACUAACCAGCCAAUUUUUUGGUUAUCUAUUUCUAGUUGAUUUAUAGUACAGUAAAAUUAAUGUCAUUUUGUUUGAUUUUUUUAAAAAAUCAUAAAGUGUUUACAUUAUUGUGAGUACUAUUUUUGUUCUAAAGGUUAGUUUUACUGUUGUGUAUUGAGUCAAAGGAUUUUAUAUCUGUAUUAUUAUUGUCUGUAUUUGCAUUAGGGUAAAGUAACUGCCUUUUGGUUCCAGAGGGUACAGCUACUAUUGGUUCAUUUAAGCUGCUGUAUUUGGAUCCUCUGUCUUAUUGGUUCCCUCCAAAAGGCAGGACUGUGAUUGCCUGAUAUUGUUCCCUCCAAAAUGUAUCCUUUCUUGCUAGUUCCCUGUCCCUAUAAAUGUAGCUUUCCUCUCCCCAGUCUUUAGUCUUGUUGCUUUAAUAAAGAAGUGUUACUAGAGAACUGUCUCCAGCAUGUUAUAUCAGGAGAGCUGAAAUCACAAACCCCACGUCACAACAACUGGCGACGAGGGUGGGAUCCGGAAUGCUGAGGAGCGGUUAAACGCAGCCCUGCCUCAGAGUCCGGAUUGCAGCUAAGAACAAGACUCACUGACCAGCUGAGAAGACGACCCUGCCACAGGACAAUGGAGAGUCCAAGGGUAUUGGAGCCCUUCCAGCCAUCAGAGCCCGACACGUGGGAAGACUACGUCGAACGCUUCGAGUUCUUCGCAGAGGCUCAAGGGAUCACCGAUGCCAGCAAAAGAAGGGCCACAUUCCUGAGCUACUGUGGGCCUGAGACCUUCAAGCUGGCCAAGGCAUUGCUUGCUCCAGCGAAGCUAAGUGAGACAUCUCUCAAAGAUAUUCUUGCCUGCCUAACAAGCCACUUGGCGCCUACUGAGACCAAGAUGGCUCGGCGGAUGGAGUUUCAUAAGAGGCAGCAGCAUGCUGGGGAGUCUGUAUCUGCAUUUCUGGCUGAACUGCGGAAGCUCGCUCAGCACUGCGACUUCCAAAAUCUGGAAGAGACUCUCCUGGAUCGGUUUAUCGGUGGUCUGAGCAGCAAGAAGGCCAGAAGACGCAUCGUGGCUAAAGAAGAGGUUACCCUUGCUUCAGCCUUGAAGGAGGCCACCGCCACGGAGAAUUAUGAAAGAGAGGAGCUUGAUGCCAGUCGCAAGGCCCCUAAGCCACAGAUAGAAGUUGCGCAUGCCAUGGACGAGCUAGAGGCUACUCCGAGCCAGAGCCCAGUCCGUGGGGUCGAGUCAGUGAGUCAGGCCUGCACAGUGCACAAAGAUCACCGAGGCAGGUGCCCAGGUUGUGGCGGAAACCAUGAGCGGAAGAGUUGUCGUUUCCGGGAUGCUAUGUGCCGGACGUGCGGGAAGACAGGUCACAUCGCCAGAGUCUGUAGAUCGGCGGCGUUGGGAGCGACAGGAGCACCUAGACCGGAGCAUCGCAGACCGCCCGCAGCAACCCAUUUUCUAAAGGACUGCCACUACGUUACGGAGAUCAACGGGAGGGUCGUGCAGUUCCCAGCACAAGGCAAGGCACACGUCAAGGUGAAGAUUGAGGGUCAGCAGUGCGACAUGGAGGUGGACUCCGGAUCUGGAUUCACUAUCGUGUCGGACCAGACCGCGAGGACAUUCUUCCCCAGGGGUAAGUUGCCCCCUCUGGAACCCUUCCCGGCAACCUUGCAGUCAUACUCAGCGGGCCGCAUCCAUGUUAUGGGAAUGUGUGCCGUGAGAGUACAGUUCCGGGACAAACAGGCUGUACUCAAACUGGUGAUUGCGAAGGGCAGUCGCCCCAGUCUCCUGGGCACUGACUGGUUCCCCGCCCUGGGACUGAGUAUAUCAGGGCUUAAUUCAAUCCAAACCUGCCCUGAGAUGAGCGAGGCAUUAUGCAAAGAAUUUGCUGGUCUCUUUAAUGGAAAACUGGGUUGUUAUAAAGGGCCCCCAGUUGACUUCGAGUUGGACCCUGGGGUGGCCCCAAUCCGACUCAAACCAAGGCGAGUGCCAUUUGCACUGCAACCCAAGAUCGAAGCAGAGCUGGAUAAAUUGGUCAAGCAGGGAGUUCUCUCACCCGUGGACUCUGCUAAGUGGGAGACUCCAAUCGUCACGCCCCUUAAAGCAAAUGGGGAAGUCAGGAUCUGUGCAGAUUACAAAUGUACUAUCAAUAAGGCACUCGGGAAACUCAUACCCCAUUCCAGUCGUAUCACAUCUGUUGGCUAAACUGGCUGGGGGCAAGGUGUUCGCCAAAAUUGACCUGGCACAAGCUUACCAACAGCUGCCAGUAACCCCACAAUCAGCGGAAGCACAGACUAUUGUCACACAUAAAGGGGCGUUCAGAGUUAACAGAUUACAAUUUGGAGUUUGUGUGGCCCCAGGGAUUUUUCAAGGGCUCAUGGAACACCUGUUAAGAGGUCUGCGGGGGUCUUGCCAUUUUUUGAUGACGUUUUGAUUGCUGGAAAAGACCCACAGGAACUGGUUGCGCGUGUUCGUGCAGUGUUGCUCAAGUUCAAGGAGGUGGGGUUGCAACUGAAAAAGGAAAAAUGCAGUUUUGGGGUGCCAACUGUGGAUUUCUUGGGGUUUAAAAUUGAUGCAUCAGGCAUCCACCCCACAGAUGCUAAGAUUAAGGCCAUCAUCGAGGCGCCACGACCACAGAACAAGACGGAGUUGCAGUCAUUCCUGGGACUUAUUAACUUUUAUCAUUCGUUCUUACCCCAGAAAGCUUCGGUAGCUGAACCAUUACAUAGACUGUUGCAGAAAAAGACUGUGUGGCGAUGGGGGCAGGGGCAGCAGAAGGCUUUUGACUCCUUGCGAGGAAUGCUGAGUAGCAGGAGUGUCCUUGCUCAUUAUGACGAGUCAAAGCCUCUGGUCCUGGCAUGUGAUGCCUCUCAAUACGGCCUGGGGGCGGUGCUAAGUCAUAGGGAACCGGAUGGGUCGGAAAAGCCCAUCUCUUUCUAUUCCCGUACGUUGUCGCCCACGGAGCGCAACUAUGCUCAAAUUGACAAAGAGGCGCUUGCAAUUGUGGCAGGAAUCAAAAAGUUCCAUGAUUAUGUGUACGGUCGCCAUUUCUACAUUGAAACGGACCACAAGCCACUGUUAGGGUUGUUCAACCCGAACAAACAAACGCCACAAAUUCUCUCCCCCAGAAUGUUACGUUGGUCUAUAUUCCUGAACGGGUUCCAGUACACCUUGACCCAUGUGCCGGGGAAACGGUUGUGCCACGCGGAUGCGCUGAGUCGAUUGCCCCUUCCUGGCGGGAGCACUGAGGAUCCUGCUCCAGCGGAGCACAUAAUGAUGCUGGAAACACUUCCGGGGGCUCCUGUAACGGCUACUGAUAUAGCUGAGAAAACGAGGAAAGAUGCUGUUCUCUCCCGUGUGCUCACUUGGGUGGGGAGGGGGUGGCCAGGUGGUCCGCAUGAAGACAAAUUCAGGCCUUAUGCGACUAGGCAGCACGAGUUGUCCAUGCAUAAGGGUUGUCUCCUGUGGGGAGAUAGGGUCAUCAUCCCAGCACCACUGAGAAACAGGGUUCUUGAGACGCUUCACAUGGGACACCCGGGAAUGGUCAGGAUGAAGUCGCUAGCCCGAUGUUAUGUGUGGUGGCCUGGAAUGGACCAGAACAUAGAACAAUGGGUACGAACAUGCAAGGCAUGCCAAGAGGUGCGGCCAGAAGUGGCCAGAGCACCAGUCCACUGGUGGGAGCAGUCCAGAUCUCCCUGGAGCCGGCUGCACUUAGAUUUUGCUGGGCCAUUCCAAGGAAAGGUCUUUUGGUUAUCGUUGAUGCAUAUUCCAAAUGGUUAGAAGUGGCGAUGGUCCCUAGCAUGGCAUCAGCUGCCGUCAUCAAGGUGUUGAGGCAGCUGUUUGCAACCCACGGGUUACCUGAGACCAUUGUAUCAGAUAAUGGGGCAGCUUUUGUAUCCCAAGAAUUCAGGGCAUUCUUGGCUGAUAACUUCAUAAGAGGGGUCACAUCCGCGCCCUUUCACCCAUCCUCCAAUGGGCAGGCUGAGCGCAUGGUAAGAACAGCCAAAGAAUCCAUUGCGCGCUUAAUGGAGGGUAACUGGUCAGCUCGCAUCGCGCGAAUGUUAUUUUUGCAGCAUGCGACGCCGUGUACCGCAACGGGCAAGUCGCCAGCUGAGCUGCUCUUGGGUAGGAGACUGGUAACGGUGCUGGAUUAUGUCCACCCGGAUAAAAUGCCAAACCAUAAUUCAAGAGCAACCCCCCAGGCUGAGACUGACACAACAAGGUAUCUCGCCCCUGAAGAUCUGGUCUGGGUGAGGAACUAUUCACGAGGUUCGCGGUGGGUGGCUGGUGUGGUCACCCGGGCUAGUGGACCUGUGUCCUAUUAUGUGACCUUGGAAAAUGGGCAAGUGUGGAAGAGACAUAUAGAUCAGCUGAGGCGCCGGGCGCUCAGCAGGGAGGAGCCAGAUAAUUCAUCCCAGGCUAACGACGCAGAGCCGCAAGACCAGAGUGAAAAUGGCCCAGAGGUGCAAUCACCAGGGGCUUUAACAAAUGAACCAGGGUCUGCUAGUCCUCACGAUGACGAGGUACAGAUAGGGGACCCUGAGAUGUCGGGGACUCCAUCUGUUCCUGACGAAACCCCUAGAGCAGCCCCUCUACCACAGGUAACACCCAAUCCAGAACCUGCAACACCUGUUGUCAGGAGAUCAAGUAGAAGUUGUAGGCCCCCACAGUACCUGAGAGAUUACGUCUGCUGUGCUCACUAGGGGGGAAGGGGUGUUGUGUAUUGAGUCAAAGGAUUUUAUAUCUGUAUUAUUAUUGUCUGUAUUUGCAUUAGGGUAAAGUAACUGCCUUUUGGUUCCAGAGGGUACAGCUACUAUUGGUUCAUUUAAGCUGCUGUAUUUGGAUCCUCUGUCUUAUUGGUUCCCUCCAAAAGGCAGGACUGUGAUUGCCUGAUAUUGUUCCCUCCAAAAUGUAUCCUUUCUUGCUAGUUCCCUGUCCCUAUAAAUGUAGCUUUCCUCUCCCCAGUCUUUAGUCUUGUUGCUUUAAUAAAGAAGUGUUACUAGAGAACUGUCUCCAGCAUGUUAUAUCAGGAGAGCUGAAAUCACAAACCCCACGUCACAACAUUUACAUUAUACAUAUGUGUGCCCAUAAGCUCUAGAAAAAGGUAAAGGUAAAGGACCCCUGACAGUUACUGUAAGUCCAGUCGCAGACGACUCUGGGGUUGCGGCGCUCAUCUCACAUUACAGGCCGAGGGAGCAGACGUUUGUCUGCUCCGCAGACAGUUUUCCCAGGUCAUGUGGCCAGUGUGACUAAGCCGCUUCUGGCGAAACCAGAGCAGCGCACGGAAAUGCCGUUUACCUUCCCUCUGGAACAGUACCUAUUUAUCUAUUUGCACUUUGACGUGCCUUUGAACUGCUAGGCUGGCAGGAGCAGGGACCGAGCAACGGGAGCUCACCCUGUCGCGGGGAUUUGAACUGCCAACCUUCUGAUCGGCAAGCCCAAGGCUCAGUGGUUUACACCACAGCGUCAGCCACGUCCCUAAGCUCUAGUAAAUAAUUGUAAAUCUCCUCUCCCUUUAGGGCAUUUUCUCUUAACAUUCCUGCUGCUGGACCGUUUGAAAGAGUCAGCCCCAGCUCGGAUAGUGAAUGUGUCUUCGAUCCUCCAUGCUUUUUGGCGGAUAAACUUCAAGAACCUGCAGGGAGAGAAAUACUACAAUGAGUUCCUGGCAUACUGUCAAAGCAAACUGGCUAAUGUUCUGUUUACCAGGGAGCUGGCUCGUAAAUUGCAAGGUGAGCUUUAAGAAUGAAAUGCUAAUGGCGCACAACCACUCACAUGUACGUAUAUAAUAGGGUUGCCCAUAGCCAAAGCCUGGAUGUGAGAGGAAGGGGGAAGUCACAGAUUACUGAAAGGUUGCACGCAUGAGAGACACCCCAAUCUCCAAGCGGUGAGAGACUCUAGGGAUACCAGCACUUACCCAGUGAGGUCAGUGGAGACUGUGGUGUCUUUAAGAUAUAUGGUUUUAUUUACACAUACAUACAAUCUCAGCAUAUGAUGGAGGGGCUCAUAGCAUUAGCACAGCAUAGAUCUUGCUUCCUCAUUUAUUUGCUGGGAGCCCCAAAGUCCAGCACAGAGGUAGACAUGUCUCUCUCCCAGGCUCUGCAGCAUCUCCCCACUUCCCCUCUCACUCGCAAGCAGCUUUCCAGCUCUCAGCUCCUUUGUUGUCCUUUUGCUUCUUUGUCACCUAGAUGCAGCUAAUUUCAACAUAGCUCAUUCCUUUGAAGUGAAGCAGAGCACUACAGUGGCUGUCUGGUCUUUGAAUUCAAAGAGCUUGCCUGACUGGCUCCCAACCUCCCCCAAUCUCGUAACCAUAGCUGGGUUGAAAUUUAAUGGAAGCAUCAGAAUGAAAUGACUGCAUUUAAAAUUCCUUCUGGGAAAGCUAUUAAAAGUAUGAUUUGGAGCCGUGGGUAGAGAAAAGGUUAGGCAUCACCACAUCACUUCUAUGUUUCUCACUGCUCCCAAUGAGGAAUUUUAAAUAUUGCACAUUGAAAGGGGCCAUUGGGCUAACCUGACAUGCAUUUUGUAGGCGUUGGAUGUCUAAAUUGUCCUAAUAUUGUAUCUUACCCAUGCCAUUGCCAGUGGCUUCUAAUGUUAUCUAAAUUAAGGGUUUUCAGUGAUUUAUGAAUCCACUUUCCACAGUCUCAAAUGCUUCUUUAUCCCCAAGGAUGUUUCAGCCAAGCCAUCUCACUGCUGUCUUUCCUCUCAGUUCAAACUCAAACUGGUUCCGAAGUGCUUAUUUGCUCCCUAUGGCAAGCUCUGAUAAGUGUUGCUAGUUCCCAAACUGUGCUGGGCAUUGCACUUCAAGACUGCAGGGAGAGAGGGAGAUCCCCAAACAUCAAGACAGAUUAACAUUCUGUUCAUUUCCGCCCCGCCCCCCAAAAUAUGUAAACCAUUCAUUUAGUAUGCUAUAACAGAUUUCAAUUUAAGAGAUGUUAACUUUUUGCUUGUUUAUAAUUUUUUAUAAAUUUAUAAUUGUUUAUAAAUGUCUUGUUUAUAAUUUUUGUGUGUGUGUUUUUUUAAAAUGGCUUUGUUAAACCCUCGAUACUAAUUGAGUGCUGCACAAGGUUCUGUGCAUUGCAAUGAUAUUGUGUGUAUUACAGUGAAAAGGGUGGUCCAAUACUAGCUGCCUUACAGGGUACAUGGGAACAAUAUUACUCCUUUCCUUUUAAACCUUUGGAUUCAUAUAUUUCGGUUGAUGUUUCUGCUUUAUGUUUUUCUAGGCACUGGAGUUACUGUCAAUGCUUUACAUCCUGGUGUGGUUGAUUCUGAAUUGGCGCGUUACUCAUAUUCGUUAGGAAUUUUUAAAGCGCUGUUUCGCUUCACGAUUAAGACACCAAAAGAAGGAGCCCAGACCAGUAUUUACUGUGCAGUGGCAAAGGAACUGGAGUCAGUGAGUGGGCAAUAUUUCAGGUGGGUCUGGGAUUGUGAUUUGCAGUUGGAAUACAGACAUCUGGAUUCAGCACAUCUGGAUAAAGUUUUCUGUGGUAAUGCUCAGAGGUGCCCACAUCAGACCCAGAAGGCAAUAUUAAAAUGGCACAUUGCACAUUAAAAGAAAGAGAUCAUAUGCAAUAGCUCUAACUUAAAAAUAGCAGUGUGGACAUGGGUUGUGAGAAGUCUUUGCCUCUGGUACAGCAGACACAGUGCAAUUGCUCCUUUGAACUAUUAAAGGUAAAGGUAAAGGUAAAGGACCCCUGACAGUUAAGUCCAGUCAUGAACGACUCUGGGGUUUUGACGCUCAUCUCGCUUUACUGGCUGAGGGAGCCGACGUUUGUCCGCAGACAGUUUUUCUGGAUCAUGUGGCCAGCAUGACUAAGCCGCUGCUGGCGAAACCAGAGCAGCGCAUGGAAACGCCAUUUACCUUCCCUGACAGAGCGGUACCUAUUUAUCUACUUGCACUUUGACGUGCUUUCGAACUGCUAGGUUGGCAGGAGCUGGGACCGAGCAACGCGGGGAUUUGUCCUAGGCCCUAGGCUCCGUGGUUUAGACCACAGCGCCACCCACAUCCCAUCUUCGAACUAUAUAGAAGCUAUACAGAAAUAACAAAGCUAUUAUCAGGAACAUCCAGACAGAACAAAAGUCAUUUUCAUACAUAGUCAAUUGGGGGGGAGGUGUCAUAUACCAAAAUUUGCCCCUUACUUUUUCAACGGUGGGCAGGACAGCUUCUUUAUCUUGUGAACUGCCCUGAGUUUUUCGGAUGAAGGGCAGUAUAUAAAUUUAAUAAACAACACCAACAAUAAUAAUUCAUUAUUAUUUUUUGUAACUUGAGAAAUGACAAGCAGCUUUGCUGUCAGUGGGCUGGCCACUAAUUCCUUCACCCUCAAAUGAUUCGGAUGCAGCUUCAUUUUGGAGUGGGGGUAGGGGCAAGCUGCAACAAAGCCAUAGUGUCUCCUUAUCGGCAACCACCAUGUUUUGUGGCAACUGUCUCAGCCACCAAUGACUGCAAAAAUUAGGCAAAGUGCAGUGGACAGUGCCCCAUACAAAAACAAUGAAAACAUCCCCUUUGUUCAGGAGUUUGAAUUUGCUCUGAUAUGAUCACUCAGUUAAUAGGUUUGGCUAUUCCUCGUCUUACUUGUCAACCCUAUUGAAUUGUCUGAGACUUACUUCUCACUAAACAUGUAUAGGAUUGUGCUGCUGGGGUAACCUUAGCCCACUGUUGUCCAUAAACCCAAUUUGCUGUCAUAUUGAUUUGGGAAAUACGCUCAAUGUUUAAUCAGAAUUCUGAUUCUUUGAUGGUUUUGAAUGGCUUAACAAAUGAUUAACAAAGUGCCUAAUGAAUAUUUACUUUUUUCUUUCUACAGUGACUGUAGACCAGCCUGGGUUGCUCCUCAGGCUUGUAACAAAGAGACCGCAAAAAAGCUCUGGCAAGUCAGCUGUGAGCUGAUGGGCAUCCAGUGGGAGUGA